CAGCGAUUACAAAAGGAGGAGAGGCUGGUCUGGGGUCAGUCGCUCUGAGCGGUUUAGCUGCUGGACUUAUUUGAAAACUCUCUCCUCCUCCCAGUGUUUGUUCUUCAUCCGAGCAGAAAAGACCGACCGAACGCCUCUCAGAGGACUCUCUCUGGAGUCCCUCAGGCAUCCAUCAUGGACACAUUUUUCCGCCGUCACUUUAAGAGGAAGGAAUCUUCUCUGCAGUUGGAAGCUGAAGCCAAGUCUUGCCACCAGCGGAGGCCCAGUGUGGCCAUUCCGACCAGUAAGGCCCGCCGGAGGUCCAGCGCUGGGUUACCGUCCACCACUCUGACCCAGCGGCGGCGCUCCAGCGUCCAGCUGCCGGCUGGACCUCCAAGUGCAGGAGGAGGCCGCCUGGCGAAGACCUCGAGUCACUGCAGGUGGGCGGGACACGGUCGGAGGCGCUCCAGCACCACCACCCCCAGCCUCAACCCCAAGUUUGCUGUGCGGAGGAGGAAGGUGGGGAAGCUGCGCACCAUCGACACCCACCUGCUGGGUCCGUCCAUGCUGCUGGCCAGCCUCAUCCAGAUGGCCGAGGAGGAGGAGGACGAAGAGGGGGCGGGGCUACCAGCGGCCGAGCAGCAGGUGGAGGUGAGGGGCGGAGCCAACAACAUCCAUAUGUUUUCCCGCUCCAGCAGCCUCCACUCAGACAGAGACGACAGCAGUGAUUACUCCGACGGCAGCCAAUCAGAGAGCAGCGAGCCGUCAGAGGCGGAGCAUCUGGCCGAGGAGGACUCCGCCUCCUGGUCUCCUGAGGCUCGCUGCUCUCCAGCCUCCACCCCAUCCUGCUCCUCCGUCCUGGAGGUGAAGAGGCCCCAGCUGGCUUCUCGGCCCCUGAUCCGGGCCCCUCGCUGCCUGAGGAGGAACUCCUCUCAGCUCCACGCCGCAGACUCGGCUCCCUACAGCUGCUACCGAGUCUCCAGCCAGAGGAAGAGGAGGAGGAUCUCCACCCUAUCCAAGGCCGGCAGCCCCUGGCCGGGCCGAGGCCUCCCGCUGCCCAACCGCAGGACCUCCGUCUACUACCUCAACCAUCCGGGCUUCUGCAGGGGCCCCGGGGCCCUGAGCCCACUGGGGGCCCACAGCUACGACUCCAGACUGGAGAGCUGGAGCGCCUUCCUGCUGAAAGCCAUUGCUAAGUCGGGCCUUCAGCACGCCGGGACUCAACCCAACGUGUCUCAAAGCGACUCGCUGCAGGAGCCGAGCAGCAGCAUCGACUGGACGGAUAACGCCCAGUUCGGAGACCACAUCUGGUUUGAGACCAGCGGCUCUGGAGACUUCUGCUACGUUGGAGAGCAAUACUGCAUCGCCAAGUCUCUGCAAAAGUCCGUUGCAAGGAAAAAAUGUGCCGGAUGCAAGAUAUCGGUGCACACGAUGUGCAUGGAGCAGCUAGAAAAGGUAAACUGUGCAUCAGCGGCUUUAUUUUCAGGUUUUUCCCUCCUGUUUUUCCUCACGGCGUCUCUUCUUUGUGUUCAGAUUAAUUUCAGGUGCAAACCGUCAUUCAGGGAACCAGGAUCUCGAGCCAUUCGAGAGCCCAACGUUGUUCGACACCACUGGGUCCACAGGAGGCGUCAGACCGGGAAGUGUCGACAGUGUGGCAAGGGCUUCCAGCAGAAGUUUUCAUUUCACAGCAAAGAGAUCGUCGCCAUCAGCUGCUCGUGGUGCAAACAGGCGUACCACAACAAGGUGACGUGCUUCAUGCUGCAGCAGAUCGAGGAGUGCUGCUCUCUCGGAGCUCACGCUGCCGUCAUCAUCCCUCCCACCUGGAUCAUCAGGGUCCGACGGCCGCAGACGUCUCUAAAGUCCAGUAAAAAGAAGAAAAGGACGUCUCUGAAGUGCAACAAGUCGAGCAAGAAGGGAGCAGAGGUUCAGGAUGGCCGCUGGAAGCCCUUCCUGGUGAAGCCGGUUCCCUCUCAACUCAUGAAGCCUCUGCUGGUGUUUGUGAACCCAAAGAGUGGCGGCAACCAGGGAGCAAAGAUCAUCCAGUCCUUCAUGUGGUACCUGAACCCUCGGCAGGUGUUUGACCUGACAAAGGGAGGUCCAAAAGAGGGGUUGGAGUUAUAUGCCAAAGUGCCCAACCUGAGGAUCCUGGCCUGUGGAGGAGACGGGACGGUGGGCUGGAUCCUGUCGGUUCUGGACCAGUUGAAGCUCCGUCCUCAGCCUCCCGUCGGUAUCCUUCCUCUGGGGACCGGAAAUGACCUGGCCAGGACCCUCAACUGGGGAGGGGGCUACACCGAUGAACCCAUCACAAAGAUCCUCUCGCAUGUGGAGGACGGAAACAUCGUCCAGCUGGACCGAUGGAACCUGAACGUGGAGGCAAAUCCAGAGGCCCGAGCCGAGGAGAGGGACGAACACCAGACAGACAAGCUUCCUAUCGACGUCUUCAACAACUACUUCAGUCUGGGCUUCGACGCUCACGUCACACUGGGCUUCCACGAAUCCAGAGAAGCGAACCCAGAGAAGUUCAACAGCCGCUUCAGGAAUAAGAUGUUCUAUGCAGGGACAGCCUUCUCAGACUUCCUAUCAGGGAGCUCCAAAGACCUCGCCAAGCACAUCAAAGUGGUGUGUGAUGGUACAGACCUGACGGCCAAAGUUCAGGAGCUGAAGCUACAGUGUUUGCUCUUCCUCAAUAUUCCCAGGUACUGUGCCGGCACCGUGCCGUGGGGUCACCCCAGCGAGCAUCAAGACUUUGAACCUCAACGCCACGAUGACGGCUGCAUUGAAGUCAUCGGCUUCACCAUGACUUCUCUGGCCACGCUGCAGGUGGGCGGCCACGGCGAGCGUCUCCACCAGUGUAAAGAAGUGACCCUCACCACCUUCAAGUCCAUCCCCAUGCAGGUGGACGGCGAGCCCUGCAAGCUGGCUCCAUCCAUCAUCCACAUCAACCUGAGGAACCAGGCCAACAUGGUGCAGAAGGCCAAGAGGAGGAUCUCCAUGCCCCAUCUCAACGAUCAGCAGCCAGUUCCUGAGAAGCUGCAGAUCAGAGUGAACAGGAUCAGCAUGGCGGCGUACGAGGCUCUGCAUUACGACAAGGACCAGCUGAAGGAGGCCUCAAUGCCGCUGGGAGUCAUCACUGUCCCUGGAGACAGCGAUCUGGAGACCUGCCGCCUCCUCAUAGACCGUCUACAGGACAAUCUGGACCAGGACUGUGACGAGGUGAAAGGAGAAUGUCUGUCUUCACAAAAACUCUCCAUGAAGUGGUGUUUCCUUGACUGUACGACUGCAGAUCGUUUCUACAGGAUCGACCGAGCUCAGGAACAUUUGAACUAUGUGACGGAGAUCUCUCAGGAGGAGCUCUACAUCCUGGACCCGGAGCUGGUCGCCAAGGAGACGGUGGGCACCUCGCCAGGUAUGCCGGACCUGGUGGAUUCAGAGGAACAUCAGGACCAGCAGAGGCAGUUCGCCUUCCCCUGUUCACCAACAUCCCCGACCUCCUCAGCCACGUCCAGGGCCAGAGACUUUCAGAGGAAGAGGAUUUCCAGUGACAGCUCGGUGGCCGACGCUUUGUCCCAGAGCUCCUCGAAGACGACCCUCUGCAGGAGAGGAGCAAAGAUUAUCAAUGUGCAUCGCUCCAACACCACGCUGGCUGAUUUCAGACCCAUCAUUCGAUCUUCCACUGCUACCUCACAAGACCCUGAAAAAGAUGCAGAACUGAUCCGCUGCAUCAAGAAUCAGGACCUGGACAGACUGACGGAGCUCCACCAGCAGGGGGCAGAUAUCCUGCUGCAGGACGCCGACGGCUGCACGCUGCUGCAUCACGCCGUGGAGGCCGGCUGCAAGGACAUCGUAAAGUACCUCAUUGAAAACGUGCCCACGUCUCACCUGGACGUAACAGAGAAAGAGACAGGUGAGACGGCGCUGCAUAAAGCCGCCACCGGCUGUCAGAGGAGCAUCUGUCACUUCCUGGUGGAGGCCGGAGCGUCGCUCAUGAAGACGGACCUGCAGGGCGAAACUCCCAAACAGCGAGCCGAGAAGGCCAAGGACGGCGAGCUGUCCGAGUAUCUGGAAAACUGCCAACAUUACCAGAUGAUCCAGAGGGAGGACCAGGAGACGGCGGUCUGACCUCCACCAGAAACACCGUCUAUCCGUCCAUGUGUCCGUCUUUAGGUUUCCAUUCAACACCUUCAACAUAAACAUCCGAGGAGACGCAUCAGAAAACCGUCAUUUUUUACCUCCAUAGAGCUUCUUCUUUGGAUUAUUGUGCAUAUUUUCUUUUUUGAGUGCUCAAACUGCUUUUUUUUUUUUUUUGGGAGAAAGUCGGGGGUUUGUGGCCUCCUGAAAAAGCCUCUGUAACUAUGCUUCUUCUGGACACUAAAACAAAGUCAAACUAGUUUUUAUUUCGGGGCCACAAAGACUCUGGGACGUACAAACUGCGCUCUGGCUGUAUGUGGAACGACAAAGGAAGCGAAGCAGCUGCGAACACUGACGCCAUUCACGCGUCCGCAGCUGAACGCUUUCGCCAUAUCAGAUUAUAAAACCAGAAAAAAAUCCACAAAAAACGUGUCUUCUCUCAGCUUCUAGUGACCUUUUGGAUGUAUUUGUUUACUGGACAGAAAUAAGUGUUUGGAUAUUUAACUUUAGCACAGCUGGGUUUAGCUAUUUAUGACUGACUCUUAGAGAUAAAACACACUCUGCUUGUGAUCGAACACGGAAUUUUAGAUAUUUUUAGUCAUUUUUUUCUGUCUGUUACAAAGCGGCUGCCAGAAGGAAGCUUCUCGUCGUGGUUUUCGUGUAUCUACUGUGUAAAUAAUAAAAGCUCCCGUAGACUCCUCAGUGUUGGAAACUUUAAACAGAAGCUGAAGCCAGAUUCUGCCAAAGUCUGUACGGUGAAUAAUUAGCUCACAUAGCGUCAGGAAGAGAUUAUAUCAGGUUAUAACUGUUUGGUUUCAUCAUUUCUGAGUGACCUGCAAUAAAGCAUGUCAGCACCA